AUGCGCCUUGUUCCUCAUGCUGCGGGGUCUCUCGCACACGCGACAGCAUACUUGGGAGCCAUUGUCAUUGCCGCCAACACUGCCCCUCCCGGCGUACUGGACUUUGGCCUGGUAUUCCCCCGCCCAAACGAGACAUACGAGCCAACAGAUCGGUUUCCCAUCGUCUUUGCACUCCAAAAUGCAGAGCUGGCUAAACAUCUCUACCUCAACGUUUGGUUUCGACUCAUCAACAGCACCAAUCGGGACUGGCUCUAUAACACGGGCAACAUCGACAUCUCAGCUGAAUGGAACUUGGUGCAUAAUCCCAGCGAGCCCUUCCUUUACUGGCAAUUUCUCGACAUCAAAAGCGAAGGUCCCAUCAAAUUGAUCUGGCAGCCGGGCUGGGCUCAGUGCCACGAAGGUGUUGACGGCGUCGAAUUCGUCAACAACAACACCCUCCACAUUGCCGACUUCGGGGUUGAUUUUGAGAUCAAGAGAGAUGGCCGGAAAGCCGAUCUCGUCGCCGCCACAUCCAACAACGAGCAGUGUCCAGACCGAGGAUAUGCCAUUCAAGUCACAAACCAGACACGCGAAGUCCUUCCACGCCCCGUCUGGGAUGGGAAAAAUGGCACCUGCGCGGUGUUGGCCUUUCCUUCUCCGACACCAACUGCGGAUCCCUGCCGUGUUAGGAUCGACGAGGCUGCGGUCGAGAGCAUGAACGCCGUUGAACUUCAACGCAUGUGUAAAGGCUUCAUAAAUCCGCCCGCCGAGUGCCCAAAGAAGGAUGGCGCGGUUCAGAAAUCAGCCAUCGUUGCAGGCGCUGCGAGCUUUGCGGCAGCCCUCGGCGCCUUCGUCUUCCUUCUCGUCUGA